ACCACGUGACUGAACACGGAAGUGUAGCGUGCGAUAACAUUUAGUAGAAAAUUGGAAAGGAGUUCACUCAUUCUAUUGUGUCAAUAAUGAGAAGAAUUAUAGCCAUAGAAACCGUUGGCCUACUUUGUUAGAAAUCGAGCUAAACAGACUGUUCAUAAAGUUUUGCAGAAGGAUGCUGAUUUGACAGCUCAAAUUCCUCGCUCCUUGUGCCUGAUUGGCUAAAACAAGCCCGUUGAAAUUGGGGGUUCGCAUCGGUGGAGAAUGGCUAACAAGCCUGCUAGCUUCGUAUUUUAAAGUCCGUGCUAGCCCACAAUCCAUUUGAGUGGAGUUCUUAUCUGUCUGUCAUACUGUUGCGCAAGAGAGACACAUGAAAAUUGUCUUAACUACAUAAUCAAGCUUGACAAAAGACAGAGGACUAGGUGUGGAUGACCCCUCCCCUUACGAGAUGUAACAGGAUGCUGAACCAUCACUGUAGAAGGAACCCCGAGCUUCAAGAGGAGCUGCAGAUACAGGCUGCAGUGGCAGCGGGGGAUGUGUACACUGUCAGGAAGAUGCUGGAGCAAGGCUACUCUCCGAAGAUCCGUGAUGCCAACGGGUGGACCCUGCUCCACUUCUCCGCUGCCAAGGGGAAGGAGAGAUGUGUCCGGGUCUUCCUGGAGCACGGAGCUGACCCCACAGUAAAGGACUUCAUCGGCGGCUUCACGGCGCUCCACUAUGCCGCCAUGCACGGCCGUGCGCGCAUCGCCCGCCUCAUGCUGGAGUCGGACUUCCGCAGCGACAUCAUCAAUGCCAAGAGCAACGACGGCUGGACGCCGCUGCAUGUGGCUGCCCACUAUGGCCGCGACUCUUUCGUGCGGCUCCUCCUUGAGUUCCGCGCCGAGGUGGAUCCCCUCAGCGACAAGGGCACCACGCCCCUCCAACUCGCUAUCAUCCGUGAGCGCUCCAGCUGCGUGAGAAUCCUGCUGGACCACAGCGCCAACAUCGACAUUCAGAAUGGCUUCCUGCUGCGCUACGCCGUCAUCAAGGGGAAUCAUUCCUACUGUCGUAUGUUCCUGCAGCGGGGUGCGGACACUAACCUGGGUCGCCUCGAGGACGGGCAGACCCCGUUGCACCUAUCGGCACUAAGAGACGACGUGCUGUGUGCUCAGAUGCUUUACAAGUACGGCGCCGACACCAACACAAGGAACUACGAGGGCCAGACUCCCGUGGCGGUGUCGUCGAGCAUGUCGGGCAUCAGCCGGCCCUGCCUGGACUUCCUACAGGAGGUCACCAAAACAUGGAGACAAAACAGGACCGGGUGAUGGAAACGCUGCAAGUCCGUUUCAGGAAGUGUUGGAGCGAGAUUGUAAGUUGAGAGGAGAAAAAGAACCUCCAGAAACAUAGGGACAGGGAGUGUUGUCAUGGUUUUAUAAUGACCAGUCUUCUGUUGGGGGGGCACGAUGUUACCUGAAGCAGAAAUCAUUUUAGAGAGGCACAAUGCCCUGCUGCAUUCCUCUGUGUUUCUCACUGAACUUUGAUAUGGAGAUAUCAAAGAGCUCUGGGCUGCUCCCAAAUGGCACCCUAUACUGUAUAUUCCCCAUAGGGCUCUGGUCAAAAGUAGUGCACUAUGUAGCGAAUGGGGUGGCCAUUUGGGACGAAGACCUGCUGUGCUAUUUCAGACUGACAGCCAUGUGAAGUCAGACCCCUCUAUUCAUUCAGACCGUAGCAAACGAUCAGCCAGAUCACAUAUCCCCCCUUAUUGAUUACACUGACUACCUCAGUGGAUGAACCCAUCUGCUGCGGCUAGCAGGGCCUUGUUGAAGGAUGAAUGGCACCCAGCUCUUAUGAAGCUCAUUGUAUAUUAUGCCAUAGAUGUAUGGUGUUUCCCGUAGGUUGUUUCUCAGGUGGGUUGGUUGGGGAGCAGAGCGUCGGCCCCCUAGCUACAUCCAGGGCUGUCGCUGCCAACACUGACAUCUCAACUAGAUAGAUGUAGAGAGAUGAAAUGGAAACCAGAAUGUCUUUUAAAAGUUGAAAUACAACCAAACAUUAUUUCACACUUACCUUGGCUGAAGUUGGUUCACCAACACUGAUAUUUCACCUGUAGUCUAUAAAUGAUUGAAGCCUUUGGUUUGUAAAGGAGAAGUGUGACUCAUCUUCCGUAUGGUUUGUCUUUAUUUAGAGAGUGUGGAAUGUGGAUGAAGGGGUAGCCUAUAGUUGAAGAGUGGAGAAAGCACUAGCACUGUGCCGCGCUGUCACACCGGUUUGAGAUUUUUAAACCAAACCUUUAGUUCAGUUUCACCUGGAGAAAGGAAAGGACAGCUUAGUUCUGGAGACUGCAGAGGGACACAGAGAGGACAGUAUGGUUGUGGUGACGGGGAGAGAUGAGGACAGUAUGGUUGUGGUGACGGACGGGGAGAGACGAGGACAGUAUGGUUGUGGUGACGGACGGGGAGAGACGAGGACAGUAUGGUUGUGGUGACGGACGGGGAGAGACGAGGACAGUAUGGUUGUGGUGACGGACGGGGAGAGACGAGGACAGUAUGGUUGUGGUGACGGACGGGGAGAGACGAGGACAGUAUGGUUGUGGUGACGGACGGGGAGAGACGAGGACAGUAUGGUUGUGGUGACGGACGGGGAGAGACGAGGACAGUAUGGUUGUGGUGACGGACGGGGAGAGACGAGGACAGUAUGGUUGUGGUGACGGACGGGGAGAGACGAGGACAGUAUGGUUGUGGUGACGGACGGGGAGAGACGAGGACAGUAUGGUUGUGGUGACGGACGGGGAGAGACGAGGACAGUAUGGUUGUGGUGACGGACGGGGAGAGACGAGGACAGUAUGGUUGUGGCGACGGACGGGGAGAGACGAGGACAGUAUGGUUGUGGUGACGGACGGGGAGAGACGAGGACAGUAUGGUUGUGGUGACGGACGGGGAGAGACGAGGACAGUAUGGUUGUGGUGACGGACGGGGAGAGAUGAGGACAGUAUGGUUGUGGUGACGGACGGGGAGAGAUGAGGACAGUAUGGUUGUGGUGACGGACGGGGACAGUAUGGUUGUGGUGACGGACGGGGAGAGACGAGGACAGUAUGGUUGUGGUGACGGACGGGGAGAGAUGAGGACAGUAUGGUUGUGGUGACGGACGGGGAGAGAUGAGGACAGUAUGGUUGUGGUGACGGACGGGGAGAGAUGAGGACAGUAUGGUUGUGGUGACGGACGGGGACAGUAUGGUUGUGGUGACGGACGGGGACAGUAUGGUUGUGGUGACGGACGGGGAGAGACGAGGACAGUAUGGUUGUGGUAACGGACGGGGAGAGACGAGGACAGUAUGGUUGUGGUGACGGACGGGGAGAGAUGAGGACAGUAUGGUUGUGGUGACGGACGGGGAGAGAUGAGGACAGUAUGGUUGUGGUGACGGACGGGGAGAGAUGAGGACAGUAUGGUUGUGGUGACGGACGGGGACAGUAUGGUUGUGGUGACGGACGGGGACAGUAUGGUUGUGGUGACGGACGGGGACAGUAUGGUUGUGGUGACGGACGGGGACAGUAUGGUUGUGGUGACGGACGGGGACAGUAUGGUUGUGGUGACGGACGGGGACAGUAUGGUUGUGGUGACGGACGGGGACAGUAUGGUUGUGGUGACGGACGGGGAGAGAUGAGGACAGUAUGGUUGUGGUGACGGACGGGGACAGUAUGGUUGUGGUGACGGACGGGGACAGUAUGGUUGUGGUGACGGACGGGGAGAGACGAGGACAGUAUGGUUGGGUCCUGCCCUUGUGUGAGAGAUAUUUAACAUUUUUCUCUAGCCCCAUUCGACUGAUAACACUCCAGAGCUAGCUUCCUGGAUGCUAAUAGAUUCCUAAACAUUUUAAAACUGCCAAUAAGAGGGUGUUUGGCCUUGAGCUGCCUGAUAAUUUGGGAAACAUGUUUUGAAAGGCUCAUUAUUGUCCCAUUUCAAGUGUGGAAUAAUCUAACGUCACAGUGAGAGGGAGCUUACUGACCAGCUGCUUGUUUCACUUUGAUUCAGAGUCAAACGUAAUGAAUCAAAGUAAAAGGAGCAAAUUGACACUAGACAUGCUUGUCUGACUCACCCUGGCUCUCCUGUAACAGCGGGACAUCCAGUCUUCUGUUCACCUUUUACAUCCUCAGUCUUUUGUGCAAGAUUAGUUAUCAAAACGCGCUUAACUUCAACCUUUUAUUUCAUACACACCAUUGGUAGAAUGAGCUGUUCUUACUGUCCUUUUGUGGAAAAGGGCGAUCUGCUUUGAUCUCUUUAACAGAUGU